UGAGGCGGAGUCAAGGGUCACGCGGCGCGGGGCACUUUGGGAAGAGGACGAGGAGGCAUCAUGGCGGCCGCAAGCGGCGUGAGCGGCGCUCUCCGCAAGAAGAAGCACUUCCUGGGCAUGCCCGCGCCCCUGGGAUACGUGCCCGGCCUGGGUCGAGGUGCCACGGGCUUCACGACGCGGUCUGACAUCGGUCCGGCUCGCGAUGCCAAUGACCCCGUGGACGACCGGCACGCGCCGCCCGGCAAACGCACGGUCGGUGACCAGAUGAAGAAGAGCCAGGAGGACGAGGAGGAGGACCUCAAUGACUCCAACUAUGACGAGUUCAACGGCUACGCUGGGAGCCUAUUCUCGAGCGGUCCCUACGAGAAGGACGAUGAGGAGGCAGAUGCCAUCUAUUGUAUGGUGGACAAGCGCCUGGACGAGCGGAGGAAGGACCGCCGAGAGCAGCGAGAGCGGGAGGAGAUUGAAAAAUACCGUAUGGAGCGACCCAAGAUCCAGCAGCAGUUCUCUGAUCUAAAGCGCAAACUGGCGGAGGUGUCCGAGGACGAGUGGCUGAGCAUACCGGAGGUUGGCGACGCUCGGAACAAGCGGCAGCGCAACCCGCGGCACGACAAACUCACGCCCGUGCCCGACAGUUUCCUCUCCAAACACAUGCAGAACGCGUCUGAUCAGCACAACAGCGUGGACCCACGUCAGCUGCUGCUGCCUGGUGGAGGCCUCAACACAUCCUACCCCGGAUCCAUGACCCCCAGCGGCCUAAUGACCCCAGGAGCCGGGGAGCUGGACAUGCGCAAGAUCGGCCAGGCCAGAAACACGCUCAUGGACAUGCGUCUCAGCCAGGUGUCAGACUCUGUGAGUGGACAGACGGUAGUGGACCCCAAGGGUUACCUCACCGAUCUCAACUCCAUGAUCCCUACCUACGGGGGCGACAUCAAUGACAUCAAAAAGGCACGCCUGCUGCUCAAGUCGGUGCGUGAGACAAACCCCCACCACCCGCCCGCGUGGAUCGCCUCGGCGCGACUCGAGGAGGUCACGGGCAAGGUGCAGGUGGCCCGCAACAUCAUCAUGAAGGCCACCGAGAUGUGUCCUAAGAGCGAGGACGUGUGGCUGGAGGCCGCGCGCCUGCAGCCCGGCGACUCGGCCAAGGCGGUUGUGGCCAACGCCGUGAGGCAUCUUCCGCAGUCGGUGCGCACUUGGAUCCGUGCCGCCGACCUCGAGACCGAUCUCAAGGCCAAGAAGCGAGUCCUGCGCAAAGCCCUAGAGCAGGUGCCCAACUCGGUGCGGCUGUGGAAGGCGGCUGUGGAACUCGAGGAGCCGGACGAUGCGCGAAUCCUGCUGAGCCGUGCCGUCGAGUGCUGCCCCACCAGCGUGGAGCUGUGGCUAGCGCUGGCGCGGCUCGAGUCGUACGAGAACGCACGUAAGGUGCUGAACAAGGCUCGCGAGAACAUCCCCACCGACCGGCACAUCUGGAUUACGGCCGCCAAGCUGGAGGAGGCCAACGGCAACACGGCCAUGGUGGAGAAGAUUGUGGACCGCGCAAUCACCUCGCUGCGUGCCAAUGGUGUCGAGAUAAAUCGCGAGCACUGGAUCCAGGAUGCGGAGGAGUGCGAUAAGGCCGGCAGCGUGACCACGUGCCAAGCGGUGAUCCGAGCCGUCAUCGGCAUUGGAGUGGAGGAGGAGGAUCGCAAACACACGUGGAUGGAGGAUGCGGACAGCUGUGUGUCACACGGGGCGUGUGAGUGCGCACGGGCCAUCUACGCGUUCGCGCUGCAGGUGUUCCCCAGCAAGAAAAGUGUGUGGCUGCGAGCCGCCUACUUCGAGAAGAACCACGGCACCCGGGAGUCUCUGGAGGCCCUACUGCAGCGCGCCGUCGCUCACUGCCCCAAGGCCGAGGUCCUAUGGCUCAUGGGCGCCAAAUCCAAGUGGAUGGCCGGAGACGUCCCCGCAGCCCGCAGCAUCCUGGCGCUUGCCUUCCAGGCAAACCCCAACAGUGAGGAGAUCUGGCUGGCUGCCGUGAAGCUUGAGUCUGAGAACAAUGAGGAUGAGCGAGCGCGACGACUGCUCGCCAAGGCUCGGAGUAGCGCUCCUACUGCCCGGGUGUUCAUGAAAUCGGUGAAGCUGGAGUGGGUUCUGGGCGAGAUCCCACGAGCGAAGGAGCUGUCUGAGGAGGCGUUGCGCCACUAUGAGGAUUUCCCCAAGCUGUGGAUGAUGAAGGGGCAGAUUGAGGAGCAGCUGCAGCUCAACGACAAGGCUCGCGAUGCCUACAGCCAGGGGCUCAAGAAGUGCCCCCACUCGGUAGCGCUGUGGCUGCUGCUGUCGCGGCUGGAGGAGCACGUGGGGCAGCUGACGCGAGCGCGCGCCAUCCUGGAGAAGGCACGGCUCAAGAACCCACAGAAUCCCGAGCUGUGGCUGGAGUCUGUCCGGCUCGAGUACCGCGCGGGACUGAAGAACAUUGCCAGCACACUCAUGGCCAAGGCCAUGCAGGAGUGCCCCAGCUCGGGAAUCCUCUGGGCUGAAGCGAUUUUCCUGGAGGCACGGCCACAGCGCAAGACAAAGAGCGUGGACGCCCUCAAGAAGUGCGAGCACGACCCCCAUGUGCUGCUCGCAGUCGCCAAGCUGUUCUGGAGUGAGCGGAAGAUCUCCAAAGCUCGCGAGUGGUUCCAUCGGACGGUGAAGAUCGACCCCGACCUGGGUGAUGCCUGGGCAGUCUUCUACAAGUUUGAGCUGCAGCACGGGAGCAAGGAGCAACAGGAGGAUGUGCGCAAGCGGUGCGAGAAUGCAGAGCCACGGCACGGCGAGCUGUGGUGCGCAGUAUCGAAAGACAUCCUGCACUGGCGCAAGAAAACCGGCGAGAUCUUGGCGCAGGUCGCCUCCAGCAUCAAGAACACGUUUUGAGAGUGGGGGCACCAGCCAUAGCUCAACACCGGCGCUUGUCACCACCACCAGGCACAGCAACGCCAGAGGAUGACUGCUUCUGAAUGCAGUGGUGUAGGUCGCUCCAUCCCUCCGCUUCUAGUGAUGUACACAAGUGGUCCUUCGUUUGUCUCCUCAUGACCCCUGCCCCGCUGUGACUUUCCCAAGUGGGGCUACCCAGUUUAGCCCAACUACCUUGAAUGUCAUUUUGAAAUAAAACUGUUUUGUAA